AGAACGUAGCCCGGUGUCCACACCCUACAACUGAUUGCAAUAAUCAUGGUACAAAUUAUGCCUUGUGAGGGACCAUUGGAAAACUCAUAAUUUGCUGGCCAUUAUUGUCCCAAUGAAUUCUGUGUGGCAACGUUAUAUGUGAAGUUGUAAGAGGUCCUUGUAGCAUGUUAUUAACACGUUCCAAACCCUCCAGCCCUGCCCAAACGGUGGUUGGCAAAUUGCCCUGAGUCCUUGCCCCAGAUGUGGGGAGCAGCGGUGGUGGGAAAGGGGAGAUCCCCCAUUAUAUGUUUUAAAGGAUUUUGGCUCCUCCCUCCUAUACCACAUUUCCGGUCUCAUUGACUCCAGUGUCUUGAUUGACAUUGCAAUAAGAACAAGGCGUGACUCUGGAUUAACUUGAGGGAGGUGGUGUCAUUAGUUACUGUUACCAGGGGCGCUGGCUGUUGCUGAUGGAGGGGAGGCUGCUCUCUCUCACUUUCCACUCAAAGUGUUGGGUUUGAGUUUCUUGGGUCACACGCUGCUGCCUCCAGUGUGAUCUGGGAACGCUGGGCCGAGCAGCUCCUCUGCCCCAGCAGGGUCUGUGCCAUGGAGAGACCUUCGUUAAAGCUCCUUCAGUGCCCAGCCAAGGGGAGAGACUUUCUCCAGUGGCUGGAACUAGCCCCCUACAGUCACCCCGGGCUCUGCCAACACCCACCACUGAGCCAGAGACCUCAGGGAAAGUGCUGGGGUUGGGCAGGGAAGUGACUCUGUACAAAUGUCCCGGGAGCUUCGGAUUUCACAGCCCCUGGGAAUGUGCUCCCUGGUUGUGAAUGUCCCUGAGGGAGGGCUGGGAGCUGCUGUGCAGCAGUGAAGCAGCUGCCCUCAGCUCCUGCCAGGAUCUGCCCAGGGAGCAAACUGGGGGAUUCAGGAGUGGAAGAGACUGGGCCCCAGUGGGGUUUGCCCUUUGUGUGUCUGGAGGGUGGAGGUGUCAGGAAGGGAAAGGGGGGAAGACAGAGAUGGAGGAAGCGGAGAGAGAGUGUGACAUGGCAGAUUUCACCAUCUCUCAACAGGCCAGGGAUUACAGGGAGAGGGGGGUGAAAUCUCCUCUGCUUUCCUGUCCUCUAAAAUUGGCAACAAACUCCUCAAUUGUUCCCCUUUUCUCUAACUAUCAAUUGUGGGUAGGAAAUCCAUGUGAAUUCCCUAUUUUUUCUCAAAUUAUUGACUAAUUCUCCUUUCUCAGAUUUUUCUCCAUUUUCUCUCAAAUUGGCCAGUGUCAAUUUAAAAUCUCCUCAGCUUUGGGGUGUUUUCCCACCCAUUUUAUCUACAGCAGUUUCUCAUUGUUUAGGUGGGAAAUGGUUGCCCUGAGCCAUUGUGGGAUAGCUGCUGGAGACCUGUUAGGGUCGGCACAGGUAACGCAAUGUUUACACUUGCACUGUGUUGACCUCAGUACAUCGACCAUGGCUCAGUGUUGUUUGGGGAGGUGGUGUUACUGUGUUGGCAUAAUGGACAGCUUACAUUGGUGGAAGACAAACUUAAGUGCAGAUAUAUGUGCAACGAAGUCAGUGCAAUGCAGCUUACGCUGACCUAGUGUAGACCAGGUCUUUGUAGACCAGGCCUGGGAGGGUUUAAUCCUGGUGGGAAGACCUACCUCUGCUAAAGUCACUGUUUUCCAGUGUGGCAGAGCCUACAAUGUCAGUUUCCAGGGAAAAACGUCUCGUGGGGACUCUGUGGAGAAAUGGACAAAAGCCCAUUCUGAAAUCUCUCCAGUUGCUCUUUUCACCCCGACAGACUACAGAAUAAUGUCCAUGUUUUGCUCUAGAUCGUCCCACCCUUCCAGAGGAAAGGCAAUGGCUGCAGCGGAGUUAGCUGAGGGGCUGGUGACCUUUGAGGAGGUGGCUCUGUAUUUCACCAAGUCAGAGUGGGCUCUGCUGGACCCCGCUCAGAGAGCCCUCUACAGAGACGUCAUGGAGGAGAACUAUGAGAAUGUGGCCUCGCUGGGGUUUCCAGUUUCCAAACCUGAUGUGAUCUCCUGGCUGGAGCGAGGGGAGGAGCCAUGGGUCCCAGACCUCCAGGACUCUGAGGAAAGAGAGACCCUGAGAGAUGCCUGCACAGCAGAUGAUGGGAUGGCGAAUGAGGAGGCGAAUCCUCAACAAGAUGAUGCUGAGCAAGUAGAAGCACAUGGGACGUUCUCAAAAAGAUCCAAAGGGAAUGUUUCCUGGAGUUGUGCACAGGCAAACAACUGUGAGAGUCAGAACAGAUCAGAGAAAAAGUUCAGUAGAGACUCAGACCUUACUAGACAUGAGAGAAUCAACACAGAAGAAACACCCUACAUCUGCCUGGAGUGUGGGAAAACCUUCAAACAUAACUCAAUCUUUAUCAUCCAUCAGAGAAUCCACACUGGAGAGAGACCAUACGCAUGCCCCGAGUGUGGGAAAAGCUUCAGUCGCAGCUCAAACCUUAUCAGACAUCACAAAAUCCACACCGGGGAGACACCCUACACAUGUCAUGAGUGUGGGAAAAGCUUCAGUUGGCACUCAAACCUUAUCGCACAUCAAAGAAUUCACACGGGAGAAAAACCAUACAUAUGCCCUGAAUGUGGGAAAAGCUUCAAUCGGCGAUCAAACCUUAUCACACAUCACAGAAUCCACACAGGGGAGACACCCUAUAGCUGCCCUGAGUGUGGGAAAAGCUUCAUUUGGAGCUCAGACCUUAUCAGACAUAGGAGAAUCCACACAGGAGAAAGACCCUACUCGUGCUGUGAGUGUGGGAAAAGCUUCAUUCGGAGCUCAGACCUUAUCGGACAUAGGAGAAUCCACACAGGAGAAAGACCCUACUCUUGCUGUGAGUGUGGGAAAAGCUUCAUUCGGAGCUCAGAGCUUAAUAAGCACCAGAGAAUCCACACUGGAGAGAGACCCUACAGAUGCCCUGAAUGUGGGAAAAGGUUCAUUCGAAACUCAGAGCUUAAUAAGCACCAGAGAAUCCACACUGGAGAGAGACCCUACAGAUGCCCUGAAUGUGGGAAAAGCUUCAUUCGAAAUGCAGAUCUUAAUAAACACCAGAGAAUUCAUACUAGAGAGAGACCCUACAGAUGCCCUCAAUGCGGGAAAGGCUUCAGUUAUAGCUCACAGCUUGUUUCACAUCAGAGAAUCCACACAGGAGAGAAGCCCUAGUCGUGCCCUGUGUGUGAGAAAGGCUUCAAUUAUGGCUCACAGCUUGUCUCACAUCAGAGAAGCCAUACAGGAGAGUAACACUAUACUUGUAUUCAGUAGGGCUGCCCAAAGAUUUUUUGUUUCUUUUUUUGUUUGUUUUUGUUUUGGUAAUACGUUGGCUAAUUCCUACAUAGUGGUCUUUAAGCUUGAUCGCACCAUUUCCUGUACUGUAGUCUCUCAGCUCCCCCAGGUGAGUUGCCGCCGUCUACCUUUUGCAGUUCAACCUUACUUUGGGGUGAAUCCUGUGAUCCUUUCUAUCAACUCCUUUGUCUUAUGAGUUAUGGGAGGAUGUGUCCCUCUUGACAGAAAUGUCCAUCAGUCCAAGUUGGGAGAGAGAGGGUUGACCUCAUCUAGCUACAGUGAGAUAAAAAUGAUCUGUUCCUUGUCUCUACUAGAAUUGUACAUCGAGUUACGCCAUGUCUACAGUACCACUUAUGUCGGCAAAAUUUAUGUCGCUCAGGGGCGUGAAAUAACUUUUAUCAUCCGCUCUGUUGCUUGCCUAGCAAAUCCUGCAUUCUCUUUUCUGUCCUGACUUUUGGCUUCCCAGCACUCUUUGCGUAAUCUGGUCUCUCUCUCAUCAUGCUGCAGCACCUCCCUGAACAUGUCUUCCUUGGGACUUCUCAGCUUCUUCCUUAUAUGCUGAAGCCGGUCGGCAGGGGUGUGUACUGUGUUCCUCAAGGUCUUGGCUGCUGUGGACAAUGCACAGAAGAGGGAUUGUUACGUUCCAGCAAACGACUGAAACAUUUCAGUAACAAGAGCCUUUUGCAACUAGUAGCAAUCACUUUCUCUGUGACACACAGCUCCGCGAGCACCCCAAUCAUGGUGAAUGUCAGGAGUGGGGGGAAGGUGGUUGUGUGUACAGACAAAACAGUCACGGCUUGCAGGGCAGAUUUGCAGGGAACCCAUUCUAAAAUUAUCACACACUUUUUCACAGGCGCACUAUUUCCCCUACAUACUGCCAUACACCAGCCCCUUUUGAGUGAGCUUUUGCUUUAGAAUUCCUUAAUCUGAAGAGGGUAAAUUACAUCAAAUAAACUUCACAGAAUUAGUCACCAUUUCAUAUACUACUCAGGGGAGGCAGGGGACAGAAACAUAAGAAUGGCCAACUGGGUUAGACCAAUGGUCCAUCUAACCCAGUAUCCUAUCUUCUGAGAGUGGCCAAUGCCAGAUGCUUCAGGGGGAAUGAACAGGUCAAUUAGCGAGUGAUCCAUCACGUAUCAUUCAUUCCUACCGUCUGGCAGUCAGAGGCUUAGCCAUCUUGACUAACAGUCAUUGAUGGACCUAUACUACAUAAACGUAUCUAAUUCUAUUCUGAACCCAGAAAACUUUAAGUGUUACAAAGUAAUUCAGAUUAUCACAUAGUCAGUCUCUUAUUCUGCAAUAAACUUUGUUUAAUUCCA